AUGACACCUAUCCGCGUUGGAGUCAUCGGCCUCUCCUCAAACAAGUUUGAUGGCAUAGGACCAGGCUCCUGGGCUAACCUAGCCCAUCUUCCACAUCUACUCUCUUCUCCAGACUAUCAGAUUGUCGCACUCGCAAACUCGUCUAAAGAGGCUGCUCAACAAGCCAUCAAAGUAUACAACCUGCCAACCACAACCAAGGCAUAUGGUAGUCCAGAAGAGAUUGCCAACGACCCAGAUGUCGAUCUCAUCGUCAUCAGUGUCGUGGUUAUGAAGCACUAUCAGCUGGCCAAAGCGGCUCUUCUGGCUAAGAAAAAUGUCUUUGUCGAAUGGCCGUUGGGGGCUAAUCUUGCCGAAUCCCAGGAAUUGGUCACUUUGGCAAAGGAGAAUGGUGUCAAAACAAUAGUUGGGUUGCAGGCACGCGCCGAUCCGCUCGUGGAGAGACUCAAGGAGAUACUGGAGUCAGGACAGAUAGGGGCUAUAACAAGCACUUCGGUCCUGGGCCCUAUGAGCGGCUUGCCGACGGACACUUGGUUUGAAGGUGCCGAAUAUUACCUCGACAUGAAAAACGGGGGGAAUCAUUUCAUGAUAUUCUUUGGUCAUUUCUUCGACAGCUUUACACAAGUCCUCGGCGAAUUCGUCGAGCCGCAUUCUAUACUCAAAGCAACCCGAACCAAGAUCGCAAUCCGAGGCGUUGAUGGUGAGAUCAAAGUGCCUGAAUACCCCAAAAAUACUCCGGAUCAUAUCCUUGUCCAAGGAGUGCUCAAGGACAGCGGUGCAGUGGCUUCGAUCUGCUCUCGAGACCUUAUGCAUACUGUGGAUGGCAUCGGCCUUCGAUGGUUGAUCACAGGCACCAAGGGUGAGAUAGAAGUCACCAUGCCCGAAGGACAAUGGCAAAUGUCAGAUCCAAGAAGAAAAUUGCGGCUGAAAAUUGGUAGCAAUGAACCUGUUCAGGUCCCGUAUGCAAAUCAUGAAGACAAGAGCGGUCUUGAGCGACUGAGCAUUAAUGUUGCUGGGGUGUAUGAGGCGUUCUUGAAAGAUGAUCAAUCACACUAUGCGACAUUUGACUCGGCGUUGAAGACUCAUGUACUGUUAGAUGAGAUUGUGAAGAGAUCUGGAUUUAACGUCUAG